AUGUCCAAAGACAUCGACAAGUGGGUCAGUCAAUGUGUGAAAUGCCAGAAAAGUGCACUGACAAUUAAGCAGGAGACAAAACCCAUCCCAAUUGAAGUGAGUCAACCAUUUGAAUUGGUUGGGAUGGACCUUAUAGGCAAGGUUGUGAAAACAGAGGCUGGGAAUGAGUAUAUUGCAGUCAUGAUUGACUAUUUUACUAAAUGGUCCGAAGCCUAUCCUCUGCCGUCCAAAACAGCAGCAGAUGUUGCCCAGUGUAUUUUAAAGUUUUUUUAUCGCUUUGGGGGCCCAAAGCGAAUCCUGACUGACCAGGGCAAAGAAUUUGUGAAUGAGUUGAACAAGGAGCUGUGCAAAAUGCUGAACAUUGAGCGCAGCCUUUGUGCUCCCUAUCAUCCGCAGACCAAUGGGCUGGUAGAAAAGCACAAUGGGACGAUUCAAAGAGCACUGUGCAAACUUGUGAGUGAGCGACCAGAAACUUGGGACACGUACUUGGAUCCUGUGAUGUUUGGGAUCAGAACCAAAAAACAGUCAACUACCAAGUUCUCACCAUACUUCCUCCUCUUUGGAAGAGAGGCUCGUCUGCCAUGUGAGGUUCCAGAGAACAUCCUGAUAUCCUGUGAUGUUUGUGGGAGGUGGUUUCACCAUGUGUGCUGUCGUGGCAGUUUCUAUCCAUAG